AUUUAUUACACCCAAAUGUCAACUGCUGGGUUGUUAAAUCCUCUGAUAUCUUCUGUUAUUUCCACUCACUUUUCUCAAACUUCAUUUUUAGCAGCCACUCUGCCAAUUGCUCUCUCAAAGAAACUAACUUUCAAAUACCCAUCAGCAUCAGCCACCACAAUGGCCACUAAUAGUAACCAAAAUUCAGUUAAAGUCAUUGAUUCACAUCUUCAUGUCUGGGCUUCUCCUCAAGAGGCUGCAGAUAAAUUUCCUUACUUUCCUGGCCAAGAACCAACUUUGCCUGGAGAUGUGGAAUUCUUGCUUCAGAACAUGAAAGAAGCAGGUGUAGACGGUGCACUGAUAGUGCAGCCCAUUAAUCACAAGUUUGAUCAUUCGUUAGUGACAAGUGUCUUGAAGAAGUAUCCGACCAAGUUUGUCGGUUGCUGCCUUGCAAAUCCUGCAGAAGACGGAAUCGGAGUUAAGCAGCUUGUAGAGCUUGUCUCGAAGGAUGGUUACAGGGCUGUUCGCUUUAACCCAUAUUUGUGGCCCUCUGGUCAAAAGAUGACAAAUGAUGUUGGGAAGGCAUUGUUCUCUAAAGCAGGAGAACUUGGGGUACCAGUUGGUUUCAUGUGCUUCAAGGGACUCGAUCUCCAUAUUGCAGAAAUUCAGGAAUUAUGCACAGAAUUUCCUUCUACAGUUGUAUUGCUUGAUCAUUUUGGUUUCUGCAAACCACCAAGUAAUGAUGAAGAACGCCGUACCUUCUCGGAGCUUCUAAACUUGUCGCGAUUCCCACAGGUGUAUAUCAAAUUCAGUGCACUGUUCAGAGUGUCAAGAAUGCCUUACCCGUAUCAAGAUUUAUCGCCUCUUCUCUCCCAAGUUGUCUCCAGCUUUGGUGCAAACCGCGUCAUGUGGGGCAGCGAUUUCCCAUUUGUUGUUGCCGAAUGCGGUUACAGUAGAGCAAAAGAAGCAGUUACUUCAGUUGCAAGUAAUGUACCUUUAUCAUCUUCUGAAUUGGAGUGGAUCAUGGGUAAAACUAUCAUGCACCUCUUUAAAGGUCAAUGGCUUCCAUAAGGAGUUUCAUUGAAUGUUCAUCAGGAAAUCCAAAGUAUGAUUUUAGUUGCCGAUUGUAUCAAAUAAAAGUUAUGGAGUAGCGUUUUUAACUCUUUGUAUAUGGUCCUGUUUGAUUCCUGAUCUUCUUUAAUUUAUGAAACUCAUCAAAAGAAAUAAAUACUUGAUAUUAUAUGUCCUUAA